AAACUUCUUCCCAAAAAAGCUCAUGAUGCAACAGGAUGUCAGAAGUGUGUGCAGAGUUCUCACAAAAUGCCUGGCGUAAAGACCUGUGUGCAAACUGCUUACGUCCCCGGUCUGAGCACAUCAAACCCCCCUGUAACCAUCUCAAACCCCGAAGGAAUUCUGCUGGCAGAGGUUCCCCACCAGUUCCUGCAAAACGGAACUCAUCCCUAAUAAAAAGCAACUUAUCAGUUGGACCGAGAGUUUCAUCAAUUGUUGAUAAAAAUGCUAACGACCAACAGAAUCUUAAUGAAAACAUUAAGCUGCUUAGUAUCAAACCUUUAGUAGUUGACGAUAAUGUUUCUAAAAGAAUUGCAACCCAUUCUUCAGAUGAAAACCCACUGAGUUGUGAGCAGUCGGGAAGCAAAGAUAAUUCUAUCAAUACCAAAGUUGACCUGACAAAGUCAGAGAUUCCAUUGAAAGGAGUUUUAAAGUUAACUCGAAAUAAAGAUGAAAAUAGGGCUUUUAGAGUUAUAUUUUCUGAAUCAGAACCUGAAAUUAUUGGCCACGACGGUGGUUCCGAUUAUUUAUACCCAGAUGAUGAUGAUGAUGUACCCGAAGAGGCGGAGAUUACACCACCUGGGAGUAUUCAACUGACUGAGGAAGAAAAGCAGUUUGCUCUCUUGGCUUUAGAAAAUACUCUGUGGAAUUCAGAUACUCAUAAUUUGAGAGUUGAGACUCCCCUGGAGGGUCGUCUGAAGAGAGUUCCAAGUAAAGAAUUUGAAGACGUUGAAUUAGAAUUCCUAUGGAAAGCUGAUCGUUUUCAGGGUCUAAGAGAUUGUGACCUGCUACCAAAGAAGUUUGGAACUUUCCCUAGACGAAACAAGUCUCCUAAAGCUCAACUGUCUUCCCGACCCUCUUUAGAAUUUAGUCACGGAAUUAAAACUUCACCUUUAAAAUCAUCAAAGAAUUUUGACAAUGAAACUAUUCAAGAUGCUGACGAAGAUUUGACAUUUCGUCUAAGAUCUGCUUCAGAGAAUUCAACAUUGUAUCAAAGUAGGAAUAUGCAAAAUAAUGCUUCAAAAAAUAUCAUGGAUCAAAAAACGAGUAAAGAUACUGAUAAUAUUGAACAGGUGAGUUCUUCCCCUUAUCGGGUUGUUGAGUCGCUUCCUAAACCUGCUCCCAAACCGGCAUCUCUGAAGAAAGGUGUUAGCGAUCCUGUAGAGAAACCAAUUCCCAGUGCUCGACACAAAGAUGACAGACAGUCAAACCAGUCUGUAAUGUGCAUGAUGUCACGCUCUGUAGAAGGGAGAUUAGAGGAUUGCUUUGAGAAAACUGACAUUGGAGAUUCUGACACUUUGAGACGACAUGGUUUGAAGCCGCCGGCUCCAGUUAAGCGGCAGCACCUUACCAAAGAAGGGACUAUUGGUAGACGAGAUGAAAUGUCCUCAAGUUUUGCUGGGACCACGUUUGACAGAAAAUACGACAGGGAUGAUUUCACAAUGCUGAGAGUAGAAGGUGAUGCUUAUGAAGCGAGAUAUUCUAAGGCAAAAUCAGUUGAUUUCGAAGCUAAAAUGGCUUCUGUUGCUGCCACUUUGGAUUUUACAAAAACUAAAGGGAAGCGCCAGGCACCCCAACCACCUGUAUCACCAGUGGCUGGUGUUUCUGCUUCUCCCUCUAAAUCAAGUACUAAAUCUUCUGAUGGAAGUUGCAAGAAAGGGCCAAGCUUAGAUCAAUGUCGAAGAUCUGCUGUUGGAGAAGAUGUUGAAUCUAUGGAAAGUAUGGAUGGCUAUAAAGGAAAAAAGAAUGAAAAUAGCAUGAAGAAAGGAUUUGCUAGUAUGUUUCGAAGUUUCCUUCGUCGUGGACGGGAUUCUUCUUCUGAAAGCAGCACAGAACAAAGCUUUGAUAAUAACACAGCAGUGAAACCAAAUGACACAAGUAAGGAAGUACCUUCAAUCAUGUAUGAUAAUAAAUCAGAAUUUCUAAGUCCUGAUAAUGGCAACGUAGAUGAGACAUCUGGGGGCCAGUUCCGAGUGCGUGUCUUCCCAUCUCCGACUAAAAGUAAUGUAAGUGUUUCUUCAACUACAAGCAGUACUAGCAACGAAACUCUGGACAGCCGGCCUCCAUCUGAAAUGAUUAGCUCUUCAGAUGUACGAAAUGAAAGCCAGGACAGACCUAGAGAAUCUGCAGAAGAGAUUGAUGAGAGCAGCCCUUCGUCACGAAAGUCAACGUUGUCCCGAGAAUCCGUACAUCAAUCAAAUUCUAUGUCAAACAGUUCAAACUUAUCUGAAAAUACAGAAGAUGUUGUUGUUGUUAAGCGAAGGGUGAAAAGCCCGAAAAAGAUGCCAGCUCCGAGUGCACCGAGGUGCGCAGCUACUAGUGAGAAAAAUGCAUUAUUUGCCAAAGAACUCGAGCUACGGCUUAGUAAAGCUGUGGACAAUAAAACUGGUACCUUGAAGAAAACCCCUGGCCAAGUCAUCCCUAAUAUGGCUUGGUAUGAGUUUCAGGAUAAAUUUCUGCAGUAUGUCUACAAAGUUGCUGAAUCUGUACAUUUCCUAGGUUGGGCUCACUACAAAUUGUCUUAA